UGGAGGGCUACCUCUGGCAAUUGUUCUGGUAGCUGGGUUUCUUCUCAAUACAGAGGAUGACAAAGAUUGGCUAACCAUUACUACACAGGCGUUCACUUAAAAAAAAAACUUAUAGUUGGAGUGACUGUCAUUCCCUCUUCGAUUGCCAAGCUCUGGAACUUAGAAACUUUCCUAGUGAAAGGAACAGAAGGUGAGAUAGCUUUACCAGAUACAUUCUUCAGUAUGACGAGGCUGAGGCAUGUACAUGUAGAUAAUUGUACCUUCUCAGAUUCUGACUUGCCCCAAUUGGAAUGUUUGCAGACCUUAUCCACCCUAUCUCUUUCUUAUGAGACGGAGAACAAAAUGAGAAGUUUCCUUUCCCUUCAAAAACUAAGAUGCACAUUCUUGGAAUUUUGGGGUCAUUCUGAGAAAUCGGGAGGCUCUUGCAAUCGAUUUCCAGUUUUGGAUUUCUUGAAUCAGCUUGAAUCACUCAAUGUGAUUUACCAAGGCAGGGUGCUUCAGCCUUGUGAGUUUAACUUCCCCUCAAACCUUAAGAAAUUGACCUUAUCAAAGUUUCGGCUUCCAUGGGUUGAAAUUUCAGCGAUUGCAGCAUUACAAAACCUUGAGGUUUUGAAACUGCUUUUGGAAGCUUUUGAAGGAGAAGAGUGGAAUGUCAGUGAUGAGGAGUUUCCAAAACUCAAGUUCUUGAAAUUGGGAAAUCUGAACAUUACGCGUUGGAAUAUAUCAGAGGAUGCUUUUCCAUGCCUAGAGCAAGUAGUGUUGCAAAAAUGCAAGCAGCUCAUUAAACUUCCUUCUAGCUUUGGUGACGGAUGUUAUUCCCUGCAAAAGAUUGAGGUGUUUAUAUGUGGGGCCGCUGUUUCUCAAUCAGCAAGAGAAAUUGAGGAAAUUCGACAUGAAGAUUACGGAGACGCAAAUUUCAAGGUCACCAUUUAGAACCCAAACAUGGACUAACAAACUGUCAUCUUUAAUCGCCAUUACUCACCUGCACUUGAUGCGGAGCUGAAGCUUCAGCUGCCACACCGUGUUUACCGUGAGGCCAAUAUGGUUGCAGAUUCCUUGGCGAAGCAUGGACUCUGCCUAGCUCCUACUGAUGACCAGCUUCCAAGGACUUUUACUUUUUAAUGUUUCCCCUUGUUUAGUUUACCUGCUUUCAAUAAGGAUUGCUCAACUGGACUGUGCCUGGCUCCUACUGAUGACCAGCUUCCAAGGACUUUUACCUUUAAUGUUCCCCCUUGUUUAGUUUACUUGCUUUCAAUAAGGAUUGCUCAACUGGAAUGUGCCUAGCUCCUACUGAUGACCAGCUUCCAAGGACUAUUACUUUUAAUGUUCCCCUUGUUUAGUUUACCUGCUUUCAAUAAGGAUUGCUCAACUGCUGUGAUAGCUCGAGCAACCCCUCCUUGUAAUGACUCUGUAAACUUGUUUUAAUCUAUAUAUUGCAUGUUUGAAGCC